AUGUAUGCAAGCUGGAUUUCCAGUGCUCCAUCGACCGGAGCCAGUGAUGAAGAUACGAUCUUCAUUUUCACUAGUCCCGGUAAUGAUAAAGUAGCCGUGGUAACAAAACAGUCGCACCGAUGUCUGCGAACAGCACUUAUCGGCACGGGUAAUGACCAGUCACUGGUACUCAUCGCUCUGUUCACCGAUUUACUCACACGGGAUUUUUACUAA